AUGCGGCGGGUUAUGUUUGACUCAACCACAAGUACGGGCCCAGAGGAGUUAGCAAGUGGCCUUGGGCCCUCGGCGUCGACUAUAACGCUGGCAGUUUCUCCAAGCAGUGAAUCUGGGCCGACCGCCCUACCCGACCUGUCUGGAGACGCCCCAAGCUCAUUUAGUUUACCGGAAAUUUAUCAGGUUACGAUUCGGGAUUUCCAACGCAGCAGCCAGACCUCAGUGGUCGAGUACAGCUCUGCCACUGUCAAGGAUAAUCUUGUAUCACAGGAAUCUUCUUCCGGAUCCCAGCUGGUUCCCUGCUCUGACAACGAUCAAUUCGUGACCAUAGAUACACUUGACGGGCAUUCCGAAACUCUCGGUUUAUCUCAGGGCCAGCUUUCGUUACAGUCAUCACCUGACUCAGCCUCGAGCCCGCCCUCAUCCUCGAGGUCCCUGCGUAAUUCUUUGAUUACGUCUAUCAGCACAGGCCCCGACACUUCCAUUGCCUUGACUUCUGGACAAGCAAGUCUACUCAGCUCGCUUUUUAGCCUUGCUCGCUCAGACAGCCAAAGUCCCAAGCUAACUGAAACAAAUCCGAAUAAUCAAGUCGUUGGUUCCCAGGAUGGGCCGAGCUGGCCAUCUGUACUAUGGCAUGAAGAUGAGGACUCGGUAGCGAACGACGACAAUGACGACCCUGAAGGCAUCAGAGCCAUCAUUUGUAGAUCGCCCACGCCUGAUCCCAACACUCGAAGCAAUGCACUGCCAUUUGUGCUCCAAGCCUCCUCUCAAGAUGCCCAUUGGGUGAGCUUCAUAGCGUUCGAGCCCCUGAAAGUUGCAGGCAUGAUCAGAGAAGGCGUGGUCAUGCAGUUUGCAAGCUCGCCUGGGGUCCGAACAAGGAUAUGUCUGAUUGCGAAUGUCAUCGGCAGGCUAAGCAAUGUUCCAGAGCUUGGUCACAGGGAGAUGUCGAUUGUGGGGAUGCUUCGAACUCAGGCUCACCAGCAGAUCGAAGACUUCCACUCCGAAGGACCUGCCAUUGAACGGGCAAGAGAUAUGCAGAACGCACAUAGGGUGCUGGACAGCAUGAUGGAGAUGGUCUUGAUUCAGCGUUACUCGAGCCCUCUGUCCAACAUAGUCACGCUUAUGGGGGCUGCUGCAUCAGUGUUUCGACGAGCUUGCCCAGAGCCUUCCGAUCAGCUCGUCAAUCUACCGAACAUACUCACCUCACCCGGGCUGAAUCUUCAGCAUUUUGCCGCUACGGACGUGCUCAUAAGCGUUGCCACAGCACGGCCUAUGUUCUUCAAGUACGAUGUCAAGUGUACACCCCAGACGUAUGCUCAGCUACUCAAAGGGGACUAUGGCCUUCGAUGGCUACACGGAGCACCGGACCAUUUUAUCGUGCUUCUGGCCUGGAUAAAUGCGCUAUAUGAAGAGUAUGGGACCAACGUGGACCCUAUGUACAUAGGCGAGAUCGAGAGUCAAGUGCGGAGCACAAAGAUCGAGCCAAAUUUCACGCCCGAUGCCGUCCUGCUUAUUCUGAGGCUCGCGGUACAAGAAUGUUGGCGCCAAGCUGUUUGCGUUUACCUCUAUAUGGUUCUGUGCGGAGCUCAAGCUGAUGACCCAAGGGUCACGAGAGCCGUGAGGUCUUUUGUGUAUAUAGUUGACGGUGUCAGUCCUGGGAGAAAUCCGGACUCUUUCCUCUUCAUUCCAAUCAUGAUGGUUGGAUGCUUUGCACACCGCGAACAAGAUCGUAGCGUGCUUCGUCGGCGUAUGAUGGGCCUUCAAGAAUGUAGUAAUCCUGGGGCCGCCAGCUAUGAAUGUCUGGAAGUACUGGAAGAUGUUUGGGAGAGGACUCGAGCUGAAGAUCGACCAGCAGUCUGGUCGGAUUUGAGGUUAUCAUAUCGCAAAAUCACGGGGGUAUAA